ACGAAUACCCUUCGCUGAUUGGAUGGCUGGCGUUGUCAGUCACCCGGCAGAUCUUGACAGCUGGCGGGGCGGCAGUGGUAGAGAGAGCAAGGGAGCGCGAGACUAGGAGCAGCUAGCGGAGCGGCGUCAGGGGCUCGCCACACUGUAACUGAACGCCUCAACUGAAGUUGCAACUGUGUUGCUGUGCCUGCCAUGGAGCAGAAAAAGCAACUGGAAAUGGAAACAUGUAUCAAAGUGAUGGAGGAGUUAAUUGUCGAAUUACAUCUAUUCCUGGAACUUCUUGACCGUGAAUAUCUAACCACAUCUGCUAGGGAGAAAAAGACUGCAGUCUGCAACAUCUUACGGAGGAUCAAGUCGGUGUUUGACUGUCAAAUGAAGAACUCUACACAGAAGCAUGACUUACCUUGCAGUGUGCCUGCACCACCUCAGAUUCCUCUACCUGAGAUCCCUCAUCCAUGGCAUCCAUUAGAAAACAGUCCACCACCUCUGCCAACGUCUUCCUUGCCUGAAGGCUAUUAUGAGGAAGCGGUGCCAUUGAGUCCAGGAAAAGCUCCAGAAUACAUCACUUCUCGAGAUUAUGAUUCAGAUGCCAUGAGUAGUUCCUAUGAAUCAUAUGAUGAAGAUGAUGAGGAUGGGAAGGGAAAGAAACUGAGGCACCAGUGGCCAUCUGAGGAGGCUUCAAUGGAUUUGGUGAAAGAUGCUAAGAUCUGUGCUUUUCUUCUGCGCAAGAAACGUUUUGGACAGUGGACUAAACAAUUUUGUGUCAUUAAAGAUAACAGACUGUUGUGCUACAAAAGCUCAAAGGAUCAUCAACCUCAGAUGGAGUUAUUGCUUCCAGCCCACAAUGUGUCCUAUGUUCCUAAAGACAGCAAAAGGAAAAAACAUGAGCUACGAAUCACCCAGCAAGGAGCAGACAUUGUCGUUUUGGCUGUGCAAAGCAAAGAACAAGCAGAGGAAUGGCUAAAGGUAAUAAAAGAUGUCGUUGUACUUUGCAAUGUAACUACUGAAACAGAUGGAUCCAUGACAAUAGUUCCUGUCAACAAAGCAGAACUGGAAAAGAAAUUAUCUGCCGAUAAGCCAAAUUCAGAUGGUGAAGGGCAUUUGGAAAAUGGUAACCAUGUUGCAACAGCAGAUAGUAAAGACCAUGCAGGAAAGGGAAAGAAAAAUGCGAAGACAGAGCCAAAAGGGGCUGUGAGCAAGGUCACUGGAAAGAAAAUUACCAGGAUCAUUGGUCUGGGUAAAAAGAAGCCAUCAACAGAUGAACAAACCUCCUCCGCUGAGGAAGACAUCCCUACCUGUGGCUAUCUGAAUGUGUUAUCUAACAAUCGAUGGAGGGAACGCUGGUGCAGAGUGAAAGAAAACAAACUAAUCCUCCACAAAGAUAGAACUGACCUGAAAAUUCAAAUGGCUUCUAUUCCACUACGCGGAUGUGAACUCAUUCCAGGCCUGGAUUCCAAACAUCCACUGGCAUUUCGUUUGCUUAGGAAUGGACAAGAAGUUGCAGUUUUAGAGACCUCUUCAGGAGAGGAGCUAGGAAGGUGGCUCGGUGUGUUAUUAUCUGAAACUGGUUCUUCCACAGACCCAGCAGCCCUACACUAUGAUUAUAUUGAUGUAGAAACAACUUCAAGUGUUAUACAAACUGCAAAACAGUGCUUCAAUUUAUUACACAGACGGUCGAUAUCACCAAAUAGAUAUGGUGGCAACAUGCCUAAUGGAUAUGCAUGCCCGCGUGGAAUUUCUCUUCAUUAUGAUGAUGUACCUUGCCUAAAUGGAACAGCAAAAGGAAAGAAGAUGUCAACAGCAGUAAAUGGUAUGACAGCAAAGCAGAAGGUCGGAAGCAAUCAAGUCAAAAAAGGAAAUCCUGUCACAAAUGUAAAGCGCACAGCCUCAAAUGCUGAUCAAUACAAAUAUGGUAAGAACCGUGUGGAAGCUGAUGCAAAAAGAUUACAGUCAAAAGAAGAAGAAAUGAAAAAGCAGAAAGAAAUCUUACGCACCCGGUUGGCACAACUGAGAAAAGACCGAAGGGAGCUGAAAGCAGCUAUUGAAACAUGUACAGGUAAGAAGUCUCAGGCUGCUCUGGAGACCAAGCUAAAGAAAUUAGAGGAGGAGUGCAAGAUCAAAGAAACUGAACGUGUGAACCUGGAAUUGGAGCUGACGGAGGUGAAUGAAAGCUUGAAGAAAGCUCUUGCUGGAGGCCCCACACUGGGCCUGACAAUAGAACCAAAGUCAUCAAGAACCUCCAGCCCGCAGUCCCCUGUGAUUAUGCACCGCACCCUGGACAAUUCUCCAGCUUCCAGCUGUGAUACAAGUGACACUGAGCCACUAUCACUACCUGUGAAUGCAGCUGCUCUCGGAAGAAGACCCCCUUCGAUGGUUUCUUCCCCAAGUCGAGGCCAUGUACGCAGGAAGGCCAAGGAAUGGGAACUGAAGACUGGAACAUAAAACAAGAAAAGAAAGUGUUCUCUUUUAUAGUAUUUAUUUCCUUAAACAAUAUGUACAAGACCAGAAGCACUGCCACUGAGUCCUUCAGUUAAAAGAACUACACAGUCUGUAUGGUCCUCUCAAACACUGUGGAAAGACAGCAAUUGUUCCAUGUUGAAGUGUAGCUUUAUGUCUUGGGUCAAAGCUGAAAGUUUUUAAACUAUUCCACUUCACCCUCCAUUGUUGAUUGACUAAUUGCGUUACAGCAUUGGACACUUGUUCAAUAAUGUUGUGUUAUUUUAAUACAUAAAUGUCUCAAUUUAAAAAAAAAAACAAGUCUUGGGAAAGGAAAAAUUUUGAGUAUCCCUAACACAAAUAGAAAAACAUAUUUAUUACAAUAGAGGCAUUUUGAGUUUUCGUUUUAAUUUAUGACUAUAAUAAAACAAAAGUUGAGUGUGUUGGCUAUAGUGCUCCCCAAAGGAUGAAGCCAGAUAAGAAAUCAAUAGCCUCAGUAAAUCCUGCAGUAACCAGCCAGUUUUGAAAAUUGUCACCUAUUUUUAUUCUUGCUCACCCUAUUUAGAGGAGAUGCUCAAGUAUUUUCCAGGAACAACGCACGGUUUGCUAUAACACACUGGGUUUGGUGAUUCUAAUUAGAGUCAAAACCCAUUCACUUAGACUUAAAAUGAGACCCAUCGAUUCAUCGAAAAUGAAAUCACUGCUUGUAUUUUCCAUGCAAGAUUGAUUUUUAGUUCUUAAAAACAUUUGUUCAGUCAUAGAUUCAAGAUAUUGUACUUGUUAUUUACUGUAGAUUGUAUCAUUCUGCAGAUUUUCUAAAAUAAUAACUUCAUUUCACCGACAAUGAAGAGGGUUUUGAUACAUGAGCAACUUUUGAUAUAUUAGGCAAGCGAUAUUGGUUUAAAAAAAAAGUUUUGAUGUAACAUAGUUGAUGUGCUUUUUGUACUUUGAGGAAUAUGUAAUUAUGUAUAAUUUUAUUUGGAGCAAGUCCAUAUUUAAAAAUUAUUUGUCCAGAUUCCCACAAUUUCAAGGUGAAGGACUGAAUAUAAAAUAUGAAAAAUAACAAAAAAAAUUUGUGAACUACUAGUAAUAAUUUUUGGAUAGAAUUUGUGUUUCUGUACAGCUCUGAUGAUUGAUCCCAAAUCUUAACAGAGGGCAUGGGACCACUUGGCUGUACUACAUUUGGUUUGCAAAACUUUUAUCAGCAAUAUAUUUCAAUAUUAUUCAUCUCUCAACAUAAUCAUAUUAACAACAGAAAAUGCAGGAAACAUUCAGUAGUCAGGCUGUGGAGAGAGAAACCAAGUUGACAUUUCACAUCAAUAACCACCUGAAUGUUUCUAGCAUUUGCAGCAUUUUGCUUUUUGUUUUAGAGCAUAAUCAUAUUGUUGCUUCUUAUUAGGGCAAGUGAUUUGGUUCUGUGCAUAUCUAUGCAAAAAUGGACACUUUCACCAACUUGGAAAGAUUUUAUACAGUUACAAUACUCUGACAGAAAAUUUGCAUGAUUUAGAAAUUUAUGAAGCGUAUUCCUGAAUGAUGUAUUCCUCCAAAUCACUUGCCCUUGUUACUAUUAUAUUGAUUAAAAAUACAUUAGAAUAUGUGUAGCAAGUAGUGUUACUAGAAUCUGGCAAAUAAAAUAGAAAACACGGGAAAGUAUUGCAUCUAUAAUAGUAAAUCUUCCACAAAAUUAAUGUAUAUUUUGUCAAAAAAAUUCCACCCAAUCACUGUGCCUUACAUCGUCUGUUAUUUGUAGCAUUUCAUAGUUUUCAUCUUCUAGUAUUGUACAGCAUUAUAGCAGACCUUUCAGCCCAACAGGUCCAUGCCAGUGCAUAUGAUCUACACAACUUCUUUAUCCAACCUUAACAAAACAUCCUUCUGUUCAUUUCCCUGUCAUGUGCAUUUAUGUAUUUGUUGCUUCAACUAUCUAAAGGUUUUAACUACAGUUUUCUAGUUUGGUAUGAAAACUUAUGAACAAACUUAAUUUUGAAUUACAAUUAAGUUUUGAUUGACCGACGGAAGGGGCCAAUUGUCCAGUAGCCGACCAGAAGUUAAAAGUGAAUCAGAAGAGCAUUUUUGUUAGAAUGUUUUAACGUGAAUUAUUUCACCACUAAAUUGCUAAUUGCCAAAUAAUAUUGCUGAGGAUUAAUGUUUUCUCCUUCGUUUAAAAAAACACAUGAUUUCCAUUAGAAACAAUAUUUUGCUGCCAGUGCCAGAAGUUAAAUAUGAGAAAAGUGAUACAGAAAUGCAACACAAAUUUCAGAUAUAAUCUUUAGUGCCAAUACCACAAACAGUCAAUAUCUGUAUUUGUGGACAAUAAAUAUAGUGUAGAAGUAUAUAGUGUUUUUGGUCUUUUCUAGAAAGAAAAACAUUUUAAUAUGAAACAUUUUUACAUUCAUCUGAGUCUGUCAACUGUAACAAUUGAUCAGGGACUACAUCUGUUAGUAGUAAUCAUAGACAAAUACCUACACUGUGAUACAUUUCAGUAAAAUUAGACUUUGUGCAUAAAACAAAUGAACAAGUAAAUUUUUAUGUUUUGAAUGUUCCACAUUACCAGAAACGCCACAGCCUAAUAGUGAAAGAUUGUGCCAUCACUGACGCUUAAUCCCUCGAAGUUUGGGAAAAGCAUAUGGGAUCUGGAGGUAUUCCUACUUAAGCUGGGACUAAUUUCUUUGAUUUUUUUUUAACAAAUGUUGAUAUUAACAUUAAUAAUAUCAUGGAAUAAACAGGGCAACGUGGAUUCAGUAAGGCAGUUCUCAACUUCUUGAAAAGGUGACUGCACCAUUGAAAAGUCUGAACCAUAUGUGACCUUGUGACUUCAUUCAGUUGGCUCUGCAUCCCGUGGACUCCACUGCUGCUAAAUUCUUCUGAAUAGAAGCAGCAUGCAACAGCCUUCAAAAGGCAGGACAAUGGCACCAAGCCAUAAUGUUAAACUAAGCAAGCUGGUACAGAUAGGAUGGGCCAAAUAGCCACAUUCUGUGCUGUAACACUUCUGUGAUUCUCCUGAAAUUUGUCAGGACGUUUUAAUUGGCUGUCUGCAGAGACAUUGUUUCAAUUUUGUAUACUGUUAAAUUCUUUAAAAUUAGUCAAACCACACAAGCUGUGGCAAAAACAGAAAUAGCUGGAGAAACUCAACAGGUCUGGCAUCAUUUCUGGAGAGA